AUGAUCAUUUCUCAUUCCUUUGAGGCCAAGCGCCGUCGCCGUAUCUCUAGUCCCGUGGCCGGUCGUCUCGAGCUCGUGUCUGGCUUCGGAGCGCGUAGCCUCCAAUCGUUAUGGGCAUGUGCGGGCCCAAACAUCCCACGACCUUCGGAGGACGGCCGCCACGGAGGGCGAGUCCAAAAGAGUAAAAGAGCCAUGGACCGUCCCGAGAGAAUUUUCCACAUCCCCACAAAUACGAACAGCAGCACACCAGAGGUUCACCCUCCAAGUGCUACGCAUAACACCCAGCCUAUGCAUCCAUCAAAACACCAGAACAGUGACGAUGUGAUCGUCGCCGCAGUGCUCUCUGCCAUCAUGGCGCAGGGCCUGGACAAGGACCUGAAAGAGGGCGACAGCCUUCGUUGCCACCUUCAACCGGGCCGCAACAGAAGCAUCUCGGUACCAGGCAGGAGACAGUCGACAGAGUCUCUUUCGAUCCACCACCCCGAAGAUUCUCACCAAGACACAUCGCUGUCGCAGUCGGUCCCUCACGAGUCCAUGCUGGCUCACUUCUCCAUCAGGCCGGCAGCCCAUGACGACCACGGGCACGGGCACGGGCAGGGGCAGCACCAUCAAGACCAAAGCCAUGGCGGCACCAUGCCACAUAUGCCAUCAACUCAAUCGUCGUCUGGCGACUUCCAGUUGCUGGUCCAUCCUCGGCAGCGAUGA